UAAACACAAGUCGCAGAGAAUGACGUAACGCCCCAGAGAACUAGUUCUUUCCAAAGAAAUUACACAAAAUAUUUUCUCACCAGAAGUAUAUAAACGUUUUUAUUUUGUUUCUUUUCAAGUUAACAUGUGAUCUAUGUAUUAUUAAAAUUGUAUGACUACGCGUCGUCAGGCAUAUGCAAAGACACAUUCCCGCUCGCUUCCAGCUGCAGACAGAGCAUUUCGGUGUGUGUUUACGUUGAUCCUGACUGAGAUCAAGCUGACAUUGUAGUCAUUAAAUUUACCCAAAAUUGGACUCCCGCUAGCGUUUUUGAAACUCUUCUCAGUCAAGUUGCUGUGAUGGCUCUACGUCCAGAGAAGGUCUCCGAGCUGAAACAAAUCAUUCACAGCCAUCUGAUCAAGAUGGAUAUUCAUGGGAAGAUCCGAGAGGCGCUGUCUGAGACUUUGAGGAAUGAUAAAAGUACUGCACAUCAAACAUUAUCUGAGGCCGACUUCCUCCAUGCACUGCAGCGCAGGGGCAUCAUAGAUGAAGUGAUGAAGGAUCUACGCUUUUCGGAGGUAGCAUCUAAACAUAUGGAAACACGAUCGCCUCCCAAAUCCAACCCGCAGUUGAUUGAUGAACAAAACAUUCGGCUGACAAAAACCAAUUUAGAUCCAUCCAAACGGUACCUGUAUUUGCAAGUACUAGGGGGUAGGGCCUUCUUGGAACACCUCCAGGAGCCUGAGCCUUUACCUGGUCAGGUCUGCUCCACAUUCAAGUUAUUCCUGCACUUCCGAAAUCAGAGGUUCCACUCCAAGCCAGUGCCCUGCGCCUGUGACCCUGACUUGCAGGAGAGCUUCCUGUUCCAGAUCCACAUAGAUGGCACAGGAGAGGGAAGUAAGAUGGCAGAUGCAACUACUAUGCUAUCCAUUUGCGAUCCAGUUCAUUUGGUGCUGAUCAAGACUGACAACUCCAGUGAGACGACGCUGGUAUCAUCCUACUUCCUGGACUGGAGGACAGCCCUUAGUUCACCCAGUGGGAAGACAUGUUUGGCUGUGGAACUGAUGGGUGUGGGAAGUGAAUGCAAGUUACCGGCUGGAGUUUUGACAGUCCGUCUCGAAUUCUAUCCUUCUCUCGCAGAGACACUGAGCACUGAUAUCAUCAGCACACAGCAAGCUCUAGAAAGGCAGAGGACAGCAGAGAGGGAGAGGAUAUUCCUGGUUUAUGCCAAACAGUGGUGGAGGGAGUUUCUUGAAAUCCGGUCAUCAAACCAGUCCAAAAUGGUCAAAAUCUUUGCACAGGAUGAAAAUGGAAUCAACAGACCAGUGUGUUCAUAUGUGCAUAUCCUGCGGGCCGGCCGGCUGCUUGAGAGUCCUCGGCGGGCGGCCCGCUUUGUUAGCCUCCUGGCACAUGAGAAGGUCCCACUGGUGGGAGGAGGAGAGAGGCAUGAGCAGUGGUGCACAUUAUUGGCUUUCCUGUGUAGAGGAAAGGGCGAUUGUGAGGACCACUCUACCCUGUUGUGCAGUCUCCUGCUGGGAUUCGGCCUUGAUGCAUAUGUGUGUGUGGGCACCAAAGCUAAGGGGAUACCUCACACUUGGGUUCUGACCCAAGGGACCGAUGGAAGUAUAACUUUCUGGGAGAGCCUGACUGCACACAGAUAUCUUCAUCAAGCCAUAGACCCAGAUGCCGCAUCUCUGGUCCCCCAGUCCAAACCCUCAUACCCCUACCGCACUGUGGGCUGCGUUUUCAACCAUCAGAGCUUCCUGGCUAACUGUCAGCCCUCAGACGCUGUGGAACUUUGUGUCUUUGACCUCCAGAAUCCAUCCCGGUGGAAAGCAAUGAGUGAAGAGGCUCUGAAGUCAGUGUGUGACCCUGGCACCAUCAGGUCUUUGCCCCCACUUCCUCCACUCAGCUCAUCAUCUCUCGAUGCUGCUGCUGUCAGCAAUCAGCUUGAGUUGGAGAUGCGAUGCUUGAUAUCUGAGCAUAGGAAGGUUUUAAAUCUGACAACAGUCUGGGACGAUCACUUGUCCUACCUGCUGUCCUCAGCCUUGUCAGCAUACGAGAUGGAGCGCUGCACUGGGGUCUCAUGUGGAAAUGAGGAAUUUCAGGAUGCAGUAAGGAGGGCUGUCCCGGAAGGGCACACCUUCAAAGGCUUCCCCAUCCAUUUCCUGCAUCGCAAUGCCCGUAGAGCUUUUUCCACAUGCCUUAAGUCCCGAUUCUGUGAAGAGAUUGUGAGUUGUCGUGGUGACCAUGUGAGGCUGGCCCUACGUGUUCGAGUCUUUAUUUACCCAGAGAAUGUAUGUGCCGUGUGGCUCAUGUUUGCUUGUAAAUAUCGCUCUGUGCUCUGACAUCUUCAUGUUGAUGUCUGCUCUGAUGUCAAAACUGAUCAAUUUACAGUACUGCAUAUUGCACAUUUAGACUUAAGGUUUGGAUAUAUACAAUAUUGUGACUGAGAAAGUCACAGGUAUGUUUAAUGACAUUUUUAUGAUCACCCAAACAGGUUUUUGUCCAGCUAUCUCUGUUUUGUCUGUAUUAAAGUCCCUUAGACUUGCGUAUUUUCACCAUUUAUAUAGUUUUGUUGUAAAUAAAUAUUUAUAUCAUGUAAUCAACUUGUUUUAAACCCCUUGCAGUUUUAUAACUUACCACAAUUACAGUGAAUAAAAUGCUGAUUAUUGUCC